AUUAGUUAAUGAUUGUAAACUAAUUCAUAGUUUUUGAUCAUUUAGCUUGUAUCAUCAUUCACCAAUAGACAAGGCAAACACAGCAUGGGUUGUAAAACAUCAAAAUCAGCUGGAUCAAGUUGUGGAAAAUAAAUCUGUGGGAAUUAAGAUCCUGAGCAAGAAAAGUGAGUGAGUGAGGUCUGACUGCUGGCAUGGGAAAGCAUAAGUGACUGUGUGGGCUUUAAAAUGAUGACGCUCAGAGCUCUUUCCCCUGGAGAGUAAUGGGCUGAAAUGUGGAGCUGCUGAGCACAAGGAAGGCACACAGAGCAACACGGCUUUUCCAGAGAUACACAUCAGCCAGUGGUGUCUGCAACUCCUACCUCUGUGAAAACAGAAUGAAUAUCAUUUUCAGUUUGAGGGGGAAAACUGUGAGACAUGUAGCAGACGACAGAGCUUUUACAGCAAUGAGUCCUCCAUGCCGAUCAUCAAGUUCUCAUGGUGACAGACCCUCUACUGACUCCCUGCACAUGAACAACAGGAGCAACUCUGGUGUUAUUUUGGAUAUUUCGACUCUCAAGAUGGUAGACAUGGAUUCGGAGGUGCCUCCUCUUCCGCCUCGUUACCGCUUCAGGGAUUUGCUGCUGGGUGACCAGACCUUUCAGAAUGAUGACAGGUAUCAGGAGGAGUACAGUAUGGACUCAACCAAUGCCCAGGUACAGGUGGAGUUCUAUGUGAACGAAAACACCUUUAAGGAGAGGCUGAAGCUUUUCUUCAUCAAAAACCAAAGGUCAAGCCUGAGAAUCCGUUUGUUCAACUUCUCAUUGAAGAUUCUCACCUGUGCCCUCUACAUACUGAGAGUCAGCUUGGAUAACCCCAAGGGGAUCAAUGGUAACUCAUGUCGGAACACCAACUGGACGAAUACAACAGAGUCUCCAGAAAUCAACUGGGAUUUGAUUCUCUGGGUGAAUAGACUGGUUCCUGUAUGGGCAAUACAGGUGACAGUGGCCUUAAUCAGUUUCUUGGAGACCAUGCUUAUCACAUAUCUCAGCUACAAGGGGAACGUUUGGGAGCAGAUCUUCCAGGUGUCCUUCAUUUUGGAGAUGAUCAACACAGUGCCAUUUAUAAUCACAAUUUUCUGGCCUCCAUUGAGAAACAUAUUUGUCCCUGUAUUUCUUAACUGCUGGUUAGCAAAAGGUGCCCUGGAGAACAUGAUUAAUUUCCACCGUGCCAUCCAGAGGACGCACUCUGCCAUGUUCAACCAGGUGUUCAUCCUCAUCUGCACAUUACUGUGUCUGGUUUUCACUGGAGCUUGUGGGAUCCAGCACCUAGAGAGAGCUGGGAAGAACCUGUCCUUGUUUGACUCGUUCUAUUUCUGCAUCGUCACCUUCUCCACCGUUGGCUAUGGGGAUGUUACACCACAGAUUUGGCCCUCUAAGCUGCUAGUGGUCAUUCUCAUCUGUGUUGCCCUGGUAGUUCUCCCAAUGCAGUUUGAAGAACUUGCGUACCUGUGGAUGGAGAGCCAGAAGUUAGGGGGAAACUACAGCCGUCACCGAGCGCAGACAGAGAAGCAUGUGGUGCUGUGUGUCAGCUCACUGAAGAUAGACCUGCUGAUGGAUUUCCUCAACGAGUUUUACGCUCAUCCCAGACUACAGGACUAUUACGUCGUGAUCCUGUGUCCGACAGACAUAGACAUUCAGGUUCGCCGCAUCCUACAGAUCCCUCUCUGGUCCCAGAGGGUCAUUUACCUGCAAGGGUCUGCCCUCAAAGACCAGGACCUGAUGAGGGCCAAGAUGGACGAUGCUGAGGCCUGCUUUAUCCUCAGCAACCGCUUUGAAGUGGAUCGCAUAGCCGCUGAUCACCAGACUAUUUUGAGAGCAUGGGCUGCGAAGGACUUCGCUCCAAACUGCCCUCUCUAUGUCCAGAUUCUCAAACCAGAAAAUAAAUUUCAUGUGAAGUUUGCUGAUCAUGUAGUAUGUGAAGAGGAGUUCAAGUAUGCCAUGUUGGCGCUCAACUGUGUGUGUCCUGCCACGUCCACUUUAGUCACUCUCUUGGUCCACACCUCCAGAGGACAGGAGGGACAGUUGUCACCGGAACAGUGGCAGAGAAUGUAUGGCCGCUGCUCUGGAAACGAGGUCUACCACAUCCGCUUGAGUGACAGCAAGUUUUUUGGGGAGUAUGAUGGAAAAAGCUUCACUUAUGCAUCCUUCCAUGCUCAUAAAAAGUAUGGUGUGUGUUUGAUUGGAGUCAAGAGAGAGGACAACAAGAGCAUCCUCCUGAAUCCCGGCCCCCGCCACAUCAUGGCUGCCACCGACACCUGCUACUACAUCAACAUUACCAAGGAGGAGAACUCAGCCUUCAUCUUCAAAGAGGAAGAGAAGCACAACAAGGGGGUGCCUGUCACCGGUCUCUAUGACGCCCCCUCCAGGCUGCCUGUGCACAGCAUCAUCGCUAGCAUGGGCACUGUAGCCAUAGAUCUGCAGAACCCUGAUCCUCCUGAGGAAAGCAGCAAACUGAUGUUACCAACAGAGAACGGCGCCGGAAGCCGCAGGCCGAGCAUCGCACCUGUCCUAGAGAUUGCUGACUCCUCCGCCAUUUUGCCCUGUGACCUCCUGAGUGACCAAUCAGAAGAUGAGACCAAUCAGUCAGAUGACGAGGGCUCCGUAGGGUCAGAUUUUGUGAAGGGCUACCCUCCCAACUCGCCCUACAUCGGCAGCUCUCCAACUUUGUGUCACCUCUUACCACAGAAAGCUGCAUUCUGCUGCCUUCGCCUUGACAGGGGCUGUACACAUAACAGCUUUGAGGACGCCAAGGCGUACGGCUUUAAGAAUAAGCUGAUUAUAGUGUCUGCAGAGAUGGCGGGAAACGGACUCUACAACUUCAUCGUCCCUCUGUGAGCUUAUUAUCGACCAAGGAAGGAGCUCAACCCCAUAGUGCUGCUGCUGGACUACCCGGCAAGGACAGUUAUGCACAGUUGGAACAAAAAUAAUAGAACGACACAGUUAAGGUUCACACACACACACACACACACACACACACACACACAGUAUCCAGCAUUAACAGUUACCCUGUUCUCCCAGUCUCAGGUGUCUAUUAACGCAGAGCAGGGUGAGGAGCCUCAAAAGCAUGGAGAGCCCUGGAAGGAGAAGGCGGCACACAGAAACUCCACCAUGAGCGACCAGUCGGAACGCCCACUGCUCAGGAAGAAGAGCAUGCAGUGGGCACGGCGGCUCAAGUCUAGUCGAGCUGAGCGUAUCUCGCAGCAGAGACUCAACCUGUACCGACGCUCUGAGCGCCAGGAACUGUCUGAGCUGGUCAAGAAUCGCAUGAAGCACCUGGGCCUGCCCACCGUCGGAUACGAGGAUGUUUCUAAUCUCACUGCAAGCGAUGUCAUGAAUCGAGUAAAUCUAGGAUAUUUGCAAGACGAGAUGAACGACCACCAGAACACCCUGUCCUACGUCCUCAUCAAUCCUCCUCCUGACACCAUCCUGGAGCUCAACGACAUUGUGUACAUUAUCCGCUCUGACCCGCUGGCACACAUGCCAGAGGACUCACAGGUGGGACAGGCCCACGGUACCAGGAACCAACAGGACUUUGGCACAGAGACAAGAGACGAGACUCACCUCUGAAACCCCCCACAGUCCUUAACACCCUGACCCUUAACUUUUAAGCCCCACCCAGGCCGACAGAGAUCUUUUGUCUCACAAAGAUGAAGCCAUGUCUCGGGCCAAGAACAGCUGUCCAUAGUGAAAGUGCAUUACACAUCUCUCAGUCUCAGACCAGAAACAAACAACAUCUUAAGACGACCCUGAGAGACCACUGAGCUGCUACGGGAGGAUGCAUGAAGAGUGCCUCGUCAUCGACCCCCCUCCCCCAGGCAGACGUACUGUACCUACACAUCACCCUCACAAACUGAGAAGCAAGCACUGGGGACAGCUCCCUCCUCCCAACCAAAGGACAGAGGGCUUUGAUGAGUUCUUCGGACAGUGACAGGAGCUAUUUGUGAACAUACAGGAUGGUGCAUGAGCAUUAUACUCAACCUGUUUUGCUCAGGGGUGACGUUGCCCUCGUGCCAUGACUCGGGCUGACUGACGCCCGUAGCUACACUUACAAAAUAACUGAAUCUCGGAGAAACUACACCCUCCUCCACAUCUUAAUACCUUUUCUAAAGAAAUGGGUAAAUGUUUAGAAUAUUUAGCUAUUCAUUUACCAUGAAAUUACAGUACAUGUGCAAUUUUCCUAAUUUAUUACAUUUUAACUGUUUGUAUUCAGACAGGAUUAACAUUAACUUAAUAAGCACUUUUUUAAGUGAGAUUAUCUGUAGUGGCACUCUAAUCAGAUGUGUUAGCAUUUUGUUGGGUUUUUAAAACUGAUUUUUGUUGUAGUAAUUGUUCAAGUGAAUACUGUUAAGUUAUUUCACAAUUUCAAGUGUCCCAAAUAAUGUCAACUGUAACGUUACAAUUGGUUUACUCUGCUUUUUUUUUUGCUGUAUAUCUUUCAUUGGUUUAUACAUUAUGUGCCAUUCUGUUAUAUGAUAACAGUUUUUGAUUAUAUCAUGUAUAUGUGGUAUAGAAAUGCCAAAAGAAAAAUCAGUAAAUUGGCAUAAAUGUAUCCCUUUGUACUGUAACAACUUCAGCCAUCAAAAUCUAAUCUGAUGUUAAUAAUACAAGCUUGCCCCCAGAGCUCAGUUAUAGCCGAUAGGUUUUAUCUGUACAAUGUCUCACACAUUACAUAGCAUUUUUUUUACAACUCUUUAAUGACAAAUUUUAAAGUAACAGGUGGCCUAAAUUUAGUCAAAUAUGCUUAUUCACUUUUCAGAGUUAAAUCAGAAGCUUGACACCAGCCUCAUACCUAGAUGUAAACAUGAAGCAGCAGGUGAUUUGCUGUAGCUUCAUAUUUACUGUACAGGAAUGAGAGUGGUUUGUCUUCUCAUUUAACUCUCAGGAAGAAAGUGUUUAUUCCAAAAAAAUGUCAAGUUCCACUUUAACCUCCUUAUCAGAAGUAUUUGUUUACAACUAUCCUGGCAGGAAUAUCAAUAUCCAAUUGAUUUAACCUCAUGUCAGUAUCAGUCAGGCUGUUUAUUCUUUUAACUUUAAUUCAUCUGAAUUCCAGGCGACUGGUAGCAGUUUUGCACAGUGACAUCUAUUCCUAUCCUGUUACCCGUUUCCAAAUUCAUUUGAAACAUACUGGAGCAGAAAAUGAAGUGCUCUCUUUUCCAAACUGACAGGCCAUGCAUUGUGUAUACGACAGGGUCCGUGCGCAAAGUGUAAUCUUGAUUUGUCAUUUCUCAGCUGGAUGUCCGGUUUGAUCACUGUAAAUACUAACUUCACCUAUUCACUGUUUUCCAUUUUGUUCUUUCAGUCUUCUGUGUGAUAAAACGUGAACGAGGACUUGAACUAAUUUUGCACUAAGCUCUGCGGGGAUGUCUAGAGCGCAACAGCAUGACCCUUUAAUCUGAAUCUGUACGACACGGCAGACAGUAUUCAACCAUUCCUGUAACUCAUUAUAGGCAUUUGUUUUACCUUGCACAUGUUUGCAAAGCUUUCUUUACCGUGUGCCAUUUUUAUUUUUCAUAUGUCUGAGGAAUAUCAGGCGAAAGUAAUGAAGUAAUCUUAGAUGGCUUGGUCUGCCAGUUUAGUUUAAGGAAUCAGUAUAUGCUUUUUUCAUGUUUAAUACUGUGUAUUUUGUUGCAAUGAAAUGUGCUGUCAAUCUUUGCUCAAGUUUACAGGGACAGCUGAGUGAAAACGUGAGUGAGAUGACGCGAUCAGCGAGCAGAUCCAUUCACUUAACGUCUUCCUGGAUCCUCACUUCUGAUAAGUCUUAAUGCUCCAUAGAGCAUUAAGACUUAUACUUACAAUACAACAAGGGGCAUGUACUGUAAAGGCUACAAAGCAUGUUUUGAUACACAAGCUUGCCAAGAACAAUACAUUUAUACAUUUAACAGGACAUCUGCUGCUAGAGGAACCCAUAACCAAGUCAGCUGCUUGCCAAGUUGGAGCCAUUAUUUGAUAAUGUGUAUUUAUAUGAAUGGAACAUGCAUGAGGUCUCAAAAGCCUAUGUAUUAUGUUUACCGUCACUUUGUUUUUAAGUCAUUGUCAAGAAGGGUUUGAUCCAUUUUGUACUAUUUCUUAAGAGAAGCAAGUGCACUUCUCUCUCUGUAUAAAAUGUGAACAAAUAAAUGCUGCAUGCAGCCAGA